ACAGGAAACGAGUUACAGUAAUCGACGAGAACUCACACGCUUCCCCCCCCCCCACUGGAGAGAGAGCGAGGCGCAGUCCCCUCUUCUCCCCGUCACAUGCACCAUCCGCACAGGGCUCAGUGAACCAGCGCACACCGAGGGGGGUCGCAGCGAUAGGACAGAGACCCACAAUCCGGGUUUGAAAACCGGCUGCAGAGUUCCCCCCCCCCUCCUCGCCGACGAGACUUGCCCUACUUUUCGUCGUCUUUUCGAGUUAAAAAAUGGAUUUCAUGUGGCCAUGAAGUGAAACUCCGCCAUAUUCGGCACAUCCACCACGCCCGCCGGCCGUCCUAAAAACUUCUUCGCUUCACUUCAUUUAGCACUUAAAGUGUUAUAAUAAGGGAGGCGACGCCUGAAGCCGGGCACGAUGACCCUGAUGGCGGCGGGGGCUUGCUGCCUCAGCCCGGAGGCCAAAGAGGCUCGGAGGAUCAACGACGAGAUCGAGAGGCAACUCCGCCGAGACAAGAGAGACUCGAGACGGGAAUACAAGCUCCUCUUGCUCGGGACCGGCGAGAGCGGUAAGAGCACAUUCAUCAAGCAAAUGAGGAUCAUCCACGGCCGAGGUUAUUCUGACGAGGACAAACGGGCCUUCACCAAGCUGGUGUACCAGAACAUUUUCACUGCCAUGCAGGCAAUGAUUCAGGCCAUGAAGACACUCCGGAUCCCCUACAAGUACCAAUACAACAAGGCCAACGCCAGUACUGUCAGCGACGUGAACGUGGAGACGGUGACGACGUUCACAAAAGCGUACGUGGACGCCAUCAGGAGCCUGUGGGCCGACCCGGGGAUCCAAGAAUGUUACAGUCGCAAAAGAGAAUACCAGCUCUCCGACUCGGCCAAAUACUACCUGAACGACUUGGACCGCAUCGCCGACGCCGCGUACCUGCCGUCGCAGCAGGACGUGCUGCGGGUCAGGGUACCCACCACGGGCAUCAUCGAAUACCCCUUCGACCUGGAGAACAUGGUGUUCAGGAUGGUGGACGUGGGCGGGCAGCGCUCGGAGAGGAGGAAGUGGAUCCACUGUUUUGAGAAAGUGACAUCCAUCAUGUUCCUGGUGGCGCUCAGCGAGUACGACCAAGUGCUGGUGGAGUCGGCACAUGAGAAUCGCAUGGAGGAGAGCAUGGCCUUGUUCCGGACAAUCAUCACCUACGAGUGGUUCGAAGAGUCCUCGGUCAUCUUGUUCCUCAACAAGAUUGAUUUGCUGGAGGAGAAAAUCAUGCACUCGCAUUUGGUCGACUACUUUCCGGAAUAUAACGGUCCGCAGCGGGAUGUGAAGGCGGGCCAGGAGUUCAUCCUGAACAUGUUCGUCAACCUGCACCCCAACCGCAAGAAGCUCAUCUACUAUCACUUCACCUGCGCCACUGACACGGACAACAUCCGCUUCGUCUUCCACGCCGUCAAGGACCAUAUCCUGCAAGGCAACCUUGAAGACUACAACCUGGUGUGAAGCGGAGGUAUGGCGUCGGGGGUCGGCCGUGUGGCGAGGCGUUGGGGUGGGGGGGAUGCCUGAAAGCCCUCGCUAUUUGAUCACUAUGACGCAAGAUGGCGGCAACGGAGCAACCAAUGACGGUACUACUGAUGUAUUCAAACCUUUGGUCACUAAACUGCUGCCCGAGGGGAGGAAGCGUACAGGAAUCUCACCGAUCACGCGUCAGCGGAUGACUGCGUGUGGUCACGGAGGGACUACUUUUUGCGCGGGUGCGAGUCUGUUUCACUUUGAAGUGGAAAAUCCGUGUUAUAGCUCGUGUGUACUAAAGAGAAGCCAGUAUGGAAAGCCAUUUGAGCAUUCAUUCCAUAUCCUUAAUAUCAAGUUGAUAUGAAAGGGGAAGGUCAAGUACCCCCAAAAUUAUUUUCGAUGAGUCUGACAGGGUUUUCUGAUUAAUAUUGCAUUGAUGAAAUAAGAAUAAAUGCAAUGCAUUUUCAUCUAUUAAUAGGCACAGUUAUUUUGACAUUCUACUGCAACUUGCGGUCGACAGAAAUUGACGUCAACGAGCACCCAAGUGACCAAAAAAAUUGGUUUGGUGAACUGAAAUCUUUGCGGAUGAUAAAUAUGCCAAGGCCACAGAAAUCAGGGAGGGGGCAAAUUGUUUUUCACGGCACUGUAUAUGUUAUACUGCAUAUGUGCAUAUAUAUAUCAAGGAUAGGGAAUAGAUGCUCAAACGGAUUGCCAUAAGCCAGUAGUAAUCAACACUAAUUGCACAUUUACCUUUUAGGCCUUCACGCGUUUGCACACUUGAGUAACAUGUCACCAUUUUGGAACACUUAGUUGUGAGGCGGAAUCCUGUUGUUUUGUUUUACCUUUUUAAUGUUUUUUUUUGUGGAAAUGCCGGAAAACAGUUGUAAAGUUGUGAAAAUCCAAAUAAGAAUGACAAAGUGGUAAUUUUCUGUGAAUAAGAUGGCAAGAUUUGGGGGCUCCUUUUUAAUGGGGGAAGUCCUAACUUUAACAUUGUACUAAAAAAGACUUAAAACAACAACAACAAAAAAGUACAGUACUAUUGUGAGAAAACACUGGUAACAGUUGCAAAAAGAAUGCCGUUGCAAUUUCUCGCUUACAUUUUUUUUCAUGUUUUAAGUCCUCAUGCAAAGAGAAUAGUCUAUCACAAGAUUUUUUUUUGUGAAAAAAAAGUACCAUUACUUUGUGAACUAUAUCCUUGUACACUAUUUACAACCUUAUUCUCGUAACGUUCCACUUCUUAUUUUUAUGAAAUGAUGAUUUCAUCAGCUAAUAGUUAUGACUUUCCUGUACAGUUCUACUUGUUAAAUUUCAACUUUUUUUCCCCAUCGUACAUCUCUUUCUUGUAAAAUUGGGACUUACCACUUUUAUUCGAGUGAAAUUUGCCAUUUUUCUUAAAAUAUAACGUUUAACUGUUAGCCACACCUGGGGGAAAAAAAUCAUCAUCAAUUGUAAAAUUGUGACAAUAAUAGUCAGAAUGUUUGACCCAUAAAAAAAGUUGUGACAUGAUGAAUAAAGUUAUAUUAGACAAAAAGUCAAAACUUUGUUCAUGGGCUCAUAAUUUAGUCAGAGCAGAUGAAAUUCCAUGCGAAUAAAAUUGCAAUUUGACAAAAAAAAACUGUAAUAGUCAGUGGGAAAAAAGUGGUGAAUUUUAAACAAUGAAAUAGAAAAGUUAAUAUCAAAACAUCCAUCCAUUUACGAAUCCGCUUCUCCUCACAAGGGUCGCGCCGUGUGCUGGAGCCUAUUCCAGCUGUCUUCGGGCACUAGGCGGGGAACAUCCUGAACUGGUUGGCAGCCAAUCACAGGGCACACAUAGAAAAACAACCCUCUGCACUCAUAGUCACGCCGAGUGACAAUUUAGAGUGUUCCAUUAACCUGCCAUGCAUGUUUUUGGAAUGUGGGCGGACACUGGAGUACCCAGAGGAAAUUCGCGCAGGUACGAGGAGAAAAUGCAAACUCCACACAGAAAAGGCCUGCCAUGAUGAAUCUUGUCAAUUAUGAGUUUUCCUUAAUUGUCAUUGUUCGCAUUUUUUAUGACUUUGUUUUUUUACUUAUUUUCAGUGUGUCCCUUAUAGUUCACUUUCACGCACAAUAACACAUUUCAAAGGGAAUAAUACCGGGUUACUUUUUUUUUUUUUGCAGGGUGGGGGGGGGGGGCAAAUGAUUGUAUCAAGCUGCAGUCAUGUAAUUUGUAACCUGCCAAACUGGCUUUAGAAGUGGGCCAAUAGUUUUUUUGGCAAUGCGCACUCUAAAUAUGACAUGGUAUGGCAAUCGCAUUCACAAGAAACUAAACGUCGAGAGAAAAGUGUUAAAUGUGUGUUAGAUAACCUCUCAGGCAUUAAAUGAGUCUUGAUCUCAGUUGAAGCGCUGUUUAAAUUGUUGAAGUCAAUGAAUAAAAGCCUAAUUCGAGCAGAUAGGGUUGCACCGGUGUUGACAUGACCUCUUGUCUUCUUAUUAAAAAUAAUUUCUGUCUAAUUUAUGCUUGAAUUUCACUCACUGCAAUUGAUGUUUUAUGCAGCAUCCGUGUGAGCGUCUGUGAGAUGAUUCGAAUAAAGUCAAAAUGUUGGUCGUG